AUGCCUAGAUUUGCCCAGCUGGUGAUAGGGCCAGCUGGUUGUGGGAAAUCAACUUAUUGUAGUACAAUGCAAGCUCAUUGUGAAACAUUGAGGAGGAAAGUUGAUGUGGUCAAUUUGGACCCUGCAGCGGAGUUUUUUGAAUAUACUCCACUAGCGGAUAUACGAGACCUUAUUCAUUUAGAUGAUGUAAUGGAAGACGAGGCUAUACGUUUAGGUCCAAACGGUGGACUUAUUUUCUGCUUGGAAUAUCUUCAACAAAAUUUGAACUGGUUGGAUACUGCACUUGGUGAUAUAGAUGGAGACUAUUUAUUAUUUGAUUGUCCUGGUCAAAUUGAAUUAUACUCACACCUACCGAUUAUGCCACGAAUAAUUGAAUAUAUGCAAAGAAAAUGGGAUUUCCGUUUUGUUACAAUAUUUAUUUUGGAUGCUAGAUUUCUCGUAGAUUCAUCACAUUUUCUAGCUGGUGUACUGUCAGCUCUCUCUGCUAUGGUAUCCUUAUCAACUGCUCAUAUAAACGUAAUGUCUAAACUUGAUUUGUUAUCUGAACAAAAACAAAAAUAUGUCAUGGCUCGUUAUCUAAAUCCUGAUAUGGAUUACUUUUUUGAUCUGGAUCAAGUAUUUGAUGAAGAAGACGGUGGGGAACAUCACGAAAAGGAAGCCCCAUUUAAUAAACUUACUCAUGCACUAGCUGAUUUGAUUGAGCGUUACAGUGUAGUUCAUUUUGUCCCAUUAAACAGGGAUAAAGAAGAUACUAUAACAGACUUACUAGUUCAAAUUGAUCAAUGUUUACAGUAUGAUGAAGAAGUUGAUCCUUCAAAUCGAGCGUUUGACGAUGCUGAACAAGAGUUAAUUAUUGAAAUAAAUUAUGAAGUAUUCCUAAUCCUGACUGGUUCCCUUUCAUUAUGGUUACUUGAAAUAUUAUGCAAAUCAGUUAACUCAGGUUCUCAUACACAUUUGUUUUUGGAAACUCUUACCCAUGGAUUAACUGGUUCAAUGUUUUGGCUAUGUUGUUUGAUUAGUAUAAAUGGUAAACUAGAUUUAUAUACCACAGGUUACCGAAAAAAUAUAAUUAUGACUCUUGAGUCAUGUUUUUGGGCAGCAUUCGGUGCAAUACUACCGGAUAUUGAUCAUUUUAUAGCUUCAGGAAGUACAAGCAUUGAACUUGCACGUCAACUUCCUGGUAGACCAUUUUUACAUUGGGCUGGUUUAUAUCUACUUAUUUAUACUCUUUUAAUUAUUGGUUUAUUUUUCAUAUCUUAUCCUAUAUGUUUAAAAUUCAAUAGAUUUUUCACUAUAUUUUGGUGUUUCAUAUUUAUUCCAUUUAUAAGUCAUAUUAUACGUGAUGCAAAUAAACGUGGUUUAUGGUUAUGGCCUCCACCAGACUUUUAUACAUUAAUGAAUUUAUCAAAUUUUACAUAUAAUAUAUUAUAUCCUAGUAACCCGGGAAUGAUUCAUUUAAUUAGAACACUUUUAUUGUAUUUAGUUGUUUUAAUGUUUAUCAUUUUGGUAUUCCGUCAAUAUGCCUAUUCUUUUCAUUGGGAUAUAUCCAGUUUUGCACCAAUAACAUCUUAUUUUAUUGAUAAAACAUUAUCUUGUUUAAUCAUUAGUAUUCGUUCAAAUGAUGGGAGCUCUCAAAGAUGGAUUGCACGUCAACGUUCAGAUCCUUACGUAAAACGUGCUCAUCUUGAAAGUUAUAGAUGUCGUAGCGCAUUCAAAUUAUUACAAUUAAAUGAUAAAAUUUCCGGUGGAAUUUUUAAACCUGGUGAUAUUGUUGUUGAUUGUGGUGCUGCACCAGGAUCAUGGUGUCAAGUAGCUUCAUCUUUAACCAAUUGUAAUAAUAAUUUCAAAGCUUCAAAUAAUCAAAAUAAAGGUUUAGUAAUUGGUCUUGAUUUGUUAAACUUCGCACCAUUACCUGGUGUUAUUACAUAUUGUGGUGUUGAUUUAAAUAAUUGGUCUGAAUGUAUAAAUUUAAUUAAUCAAUCAAUUUCCAAUCAUUUUAACAAUAAUGAUAAUGGCCGUAAACCGUUACAAUCCAAGAGACAGAAAUCACUGCCCGGUGUUGAUAUUGUCCUCAGUGACAUAGCUCCAAAUGUGUCAGGAAUGCGUGAAAUCGAUAUACCAGCUAUGAUGACAUUAGCGUAUAAUAUUUUACGAGUAGCAAUCAGUGUUUCAAAAGAAGGGGCCAGUUUCGUGAUUAAAUUAUUUGAAAGUGCGGAAGCUGAAGAAUUUAAACAAACAGUUUCACAGUUUUAUACAUUAAAUUCAAAAUGUUCUUCAUUUACGCGUUUUAUUAAACCGGAAGCUAGUCGAAAAGAGUCAUCAGAAAUCUAUUUAGUUGCUAGAGGUUUUCAACUUCCCCAAAGUAAACAGGACAGUUAA